CAUGUGGAACUGCUCUGUUUUCUCAAAUAAUGAUGAAGCCCUUAUUAACAAAAAAUUACCCAAAGAACUUCUAUUAAGAAUAUUUUCUUUUUUGGAUAUAGUUACUUUGUGUCGAUGUGCACAAGUUUCCAAGGCAUGGAAUGUUUUAGCUCUGGAUGGAAGCAAUUGGCAAAGAAUAGACCUUUUUAACUUUCAAACGGACAUAGAGGGUCGUGUUGUGGAAAACAUAUCGAAAAGGUGUGGUGGGUUCCUGAGACAACUUAGUCUGAGAGGUUGUCUUGGUGUUGGAGACUCCUCUUUGAAGACCUUUGCACAGAACUGUAGAAACAUUGAACACCUAAAUCUAAAUGGGUGCACAAAAAUUACUGACAGCACGUGUUACAGUCUUAGCAGAUUCUGUUCCAAGCUGAAACAUCUGGAUCUGACAUCUUGUGUAGCCAUCACAAACAGCUCUUUGAAAGGUUUAAGUGAGGGUUGCAGAAAUCUGGAACAUUUGAAUCUUUCCUGGUGUGAUCAGAUUACGAAGGAUGGUAUUGAAGCACUGGUGAAAGGGUGUAGUGGACUAAAAGCUCUAUUUCUUAGAGGUUGCACACAGUUAGAAGAUGAAGCACUGAAACACAUUCAAAAUCACUGUCAUGAACUUGUAAUCCUGAAUUUGCAAUCCUGCACACAAAUUUCAGAUGAAGGCAUUGUGAAAAUCUGUAGAGGAUGCCAUAGACUUCAGUCCCUGUGUGUUUCUGGUUGUAGCAACCUUACAGAUGCUUCUCUCACAGCACUUGGUCUAAACUGUCCAAGGCUGAAGAUUUUGGAAGCUGCGAGAUGCUCACAUCUUACAGAUGCUGGCUUUACCCUUUUAGCACGGAAUUGCCAUGAGCUGGAAAAGAUGGACUUGGAAGAAUGUGUUCUGAUAACAGACAGCACAUUGAUACAACUUUCUAUUCACUGUCCUAAGCUACAAGCAUUGAGCUUGUCUCACUGUGAAUUGAUCACUGAUGAUGGGAUUCUUCAUCUCAGCAACAGUACCUGUGGUCAUGAGAGGUUGCAAGUAUUAGAACUUGAUAACUGUCUUCUCAUCACUGAUGUGACUCUGGAACACCUGGAGAACUGCCACAACUUGGAGAGAAUUGAGCUAUAUGACUGUCAGCAAGUCACGCGAGCUGGAAUCAAAAGAAUCAGAGCUCAUCUACCUCAUGUGAAAGUUCACGCUUACUUUGCUCCAGUAACUCCCCCUCCUUCGGUAGGAGGGGGUGGACAGCGCCUCUGCAGAUGCUGUAUUAUUCUUUGACAGUAAGUGCAUCACACAGAAAAUUCUAUUUUUUUUUUUUUCGGUCGUUGAAGAAAAGAAUUGGACUGAAGGUGGUUGGGGAGGAGUCAGUUUCAUGACAGUCGUAAUGGUUAUGUUUGGUCAUCCAGUUUUGUGACAAGAAAAGCAUUUUUCCAGGUAAAAGAAUCUUAAGUGAUAUGCCGAUGUGGAUUAAGUAGGUGUUGUUAUUUGGUUUGUUUUGAUACCUCCAUCCUUCUGUUGGCAUGAGAACUGAAGUACUGUGUAAAAUGUGGGGGCGUUUCAGUGUAGCAGCUACUCUGUGGAAGUUCACUAAACCUGGAAGUAGAUUUGCAUUUGUAAGCACUGUUCCGUGUGAAGUUCUAAUAUAAUGACGUGGGGCUCCAGUCAGUCACACACAAAACAUGAAACUGCUGCUCUGUAACAUACAAGACAGAUUAAAUAUCAGGUUUAAGGACAAAUCAGCUUUAGCAGAUUUUGACCAAAAAAUGCAAGGUAAUCAUGAGCUCUUAGAGCACAACAGUGUACUCUCUUUCAUGGUUCAGCUUCAUAUUUGGUUACAUAAAACGGGCCAUAAUAGGUGAUGUCGAAAGGUAAGAUAGUACCUCCAGAUAACUAUAGAAAUAUUUUUUCAGAUUUUUGAACUUGGUUCAAUUGAACUGUGUGUUCCUCUAAAGCUUGCUGGUUACUGAAGCACGUUUUAUGCCCAAUGCCGUCAGCCUUUAAAGGACUAAAGAAUCCACUGUGGUAGAGCUUGUGCACUCUACUGUAAUUGGCUGCCACAAUCAUUCAUGGUGCUUACUGUAAUGCCAUUACCGUGUGCUCUGUUACCUCGGUUUGUGAUGAAAAGCUGCAGCAGUUCUAGGAAGAGGGAUACAAGAUUUAUGCUCUUCUACAGAAUCUACAAUGGAGCAAGGAGUUCAAUCCCAGCUGUUUGUCCAGCCCAUUUUUAGGGACUAUAGCAAGCAGAUGGGCAAAAUAAACCUGUAGGCAGGAGUUGAACCAAACCAAACCUGUUGUUUUAAAAAAAUGUAAAAAGCCAAACUUCACAUUUGGGUUAUUUAAGCAGCUGUCAAUUUCUGAAGAAAAAUAAUAAUAAAAAUCUUAAGUAUUAACUAACUCUUAAGGCCAUGCUUUCAUCCUUAGUUUUUCAGUGCUAGAGAGUAAAUAAACAACUUUUUAUAUUAAGCAACCUAAUUAUCCAAGAUAGAUAAACUUCUCAACUGUUCAGAAAACGUUUCUGUGUAAGAUUGAGAGUGUGUGCGCGUGUGUGUGCACGUGUAGGUUUUAAGCAGCCAGGGCCUGUGUGUUUGUUUACUCAAACCUAAUAGAAAUACUGGCUUUAUUAAAAAGCAGUCGGUGGAACUACUGGAUAAUACUGCAGUUUCCCCAAUGUUUAGAAACGCUUUUAAAAAGCGAGUGUGACCAUUAAGAGCCUUCUAGGGCAAAACUGUGUUGCUAAUAUGCUGUGUUGCAUUUGUGAUGCUACAGAUGGCAAAUUCAGAUUUGAACUUUGAGGCUAAAUUGAAGAUUAUUAUACUGCAGUAGAUGAAUGUCUUUCUUUACUACUGCUAAUAAGCCAACUAUGGCUUGUUUUGCACAGUAGUAAAGGAGUGUUCUUACAAUCAUACUUAGAUUUCCAUUAAGAUAUUACUAUAAUGGAGAGUUUUAAGCAGAUUUUAUUCUCAGCUGUACCAGGAAAGUCAUUGGUACCAGUAUGUCAAAAUGUAUUGCCUUUUGUUGGCUCAUUUUUUUUCUAAGAACAUAACGAAUGUUGUAAGUCUAUGGCAUUAAAGAUGUACAAAAACAAAUGGAACCUACUCUGAUAUAGGACACUUAAAUAAACAAUCAGCUGAUGUCAAAUUUGGA